CGGCGGUGCCACGCCACGGCGGCGUGGCCUGACGAGGCGCGAAUCGAGCUCAGACGCCAACGAUAACGAUCCGCUCGUGGUCAACACCGACAAAGGUCGCGUCCGGGGCAUGACGGUGGAAGCGCCGAGCGGCAAGAAGGUGGACGUGUGGCUCGGCAUCCCGUACGCGCAGCCCCCGGUAGGGCCGUUGCGCUUCCGCCAUCCGCGCCCAGCCGAGAAGUGGACCGGGGUGCUGAACGCGACCAACCCGCCCAACAGCUGCGUCCAGAUCGUGGACACCGUGUUCGGUGACUUCCCGGGCGCGACCAUGUGGAACCCCAACACGCCCCUGUCGGAGGACUGUCUGUACAUCAACGUGGUCACCCCGCGGCCCCGGCCCAAGAAUGCUGCGGUCAUGCUGUGGAUCUUUGGCGGUGGCUUCUACUCGGGCACCGCCACCCUGGACGUGUACGAUCACCGGGCGCUGGCGUCCGAGGAGAACGUGAUUGUCGUGUCGCUCCAGUACCGGGUGGCUAGCUUGGGCUUCCUGUUCCUCGGCACCCCGGAUGCACCCGGCAACGCCGGUCUCUUCGAUCAGAACCUGGCGCUAAGAUGGGUUCGGGACAACAUCCACCGGUUCGGUGGCGAUCCGUCGCGGGUGACCCUGUUCGGAGAGAGCGCCGGAGCGGUGUCGGUGUCGCUGCACCUGCUGUCGGCCCUGUCCAGAGACCUGUUCCAGCGGGCCAUCCUGCAGAGCGGAUCCCCUACGGCUCCGUGGGCCCUCGUGUCACGCGAGGAAGCGACGAUCAGAGCACUGCGGCUGGCGGAGGCUGUCAGCUGUCCGCACGAACCGAGCAACCUGAGCGAAGCGGUCGAGUGUCUCCGCGGCAAGGACCCGCACGUGCUGGUCGACAAUGAGUGGGGUACGCUCGGGAUCUGCGAGUUUCCGUUCGUGCCGGUCGUGGACGGGGCGUUCCUGGACGAGACGCCGCAACGGUCGAUGGCGAGCGGGCGCUUCAAGAAGACCGACAUCCUGACCGGCAGCAACACGGAGGAGGGCUACUACUUCAUCAUCUACUACCUGACGGAGCUGCUGCGCAAGGAGGAGGGCGUGACGGUGUCGCGCGAGGAGUUCCUCCAGGCGGUGCGGGAGCUGAACCCGUACGUGAACGGGGCCGCCCGGCAGGCGAUCGUGUUCGAGUACACCGACUGGACCGAGCCGGACAACCCGAACAGCAACCGGGACGCGCUCGACAAGAUGGUCGGCGACUACCACUUCACGUGCAACGUGAACGAGUUCGCCCAGCGGUACGCCGAGGAGGGCAACAAUGUCUAUAUGUACCUGUACACGCAUCGGAGCAAAGGCAACCCGUGGCCCCGCUGGACCGGCGUCAUGCACGGGGACGAGAUCAACUACGUGUUCGGCGAACCGCUGAACCCCAGCCUCGGCUACACCGACGACGAGAAGGGCUUCAGCCGGAAGAUCAUGCGGUACUGGUCCAACUUCGCCAAGACGGGCAACCCCAACCCGAGCCCCGCUAGCACCGAGUUCCCCGAGUGGCCGAAGCACACUGCCCACGGUCGGCACUACCUGGAGCUGGGGCUCAACACGUCCGCCGUGGGACGAGGCCCACGGUUGAGGCAGUGCGCCUUCUGGAAGAAGUAUCUCCCGCAGCUAGUUGCAGCUACCUCAUCUUGUACAAAUCGUGUGUGGAUGUCGAGCAAAUCUGAUUUCGGGAUGAAACUAGGUUUCACACCUAGUCGCUGGGUGCCGUACGCCGAACCAUAACCCACCACGGUCGCGGUGUAGGGCAAGAAAUCACCGAUCUUGCGAUGGCCACCCCAGAAACCCUCAAUUGCACAGGGGGGCAGCAAAGGAUAAGUUGUCGUUUUUUUGAAACUACUAAUUUCCCAGAAGCUUUACCCCGUUCGCGACGUAUAACUUAACAAUAAAUCAUAUAACAAAUAAAGAGAAUAAACCCAUAAACGUAACAGAACUAGUUCGAUCUACCCGUGAGUCGAUAAUCUUACUAAACAAUGUAAACAAAGCAAAGUAAAACAAGAGCAACAGCUCCAACAACGUAUAACAACGCGCUUGCAGUGCGAAAAUAAACUUUUCCACACGGCUAACGUUUUUACUGGCAGUUUUGUUAAUCCAUCAGUUUUGCUCUGUUUCAGUAGGAUCCCAUUGCUUUGCCCAGGACCAGGUCUAAACACAAUAGAAAUGAAUCAAUAAAUGCCUGCAAUUGGCACAGACAAAAACACACACACAGACACACACCCUAUACACAGUAGUAUCAACAAUCAAUUAAAAGUAACUUGUAAGCUAGAGAACUACACAAAGCCAGGCGGUGGUAGGCGGCCGACGUCAGAAAGGUCCCCUGUCAGGCACGGACUCCAGAAGGACAUUUUGCUA